UAUACAAGUGUACACGAUUCCUUCCAAAAUCUCGGUCUGCGACUGGUUUUUGGUUCUUCUCCUUAACGGCAAUGGAAAAGUCUCAGAAGAAGCGGGUUUACCUCUUCUACUGUUCCGAGUGUGAAGACCUUGCCCAGAAAGUUGCUUCUCAGUCCGACUUCAUCACUCUUCAGACCAUCAAAUGGAGGAGUUUUGAUGAUGGGUUUCCCAACAUUUUUAUAAACAAUGCACAAGAACUCAGAGGUCAACAUGUUGCCUUUCUGGCAUCCUUCAGCUCCCAAGGAGUUAUCUUCGAACAGCUUUCCGUUAUAUAUGCACUGACGCGACUUUUUGUUGCCUCCUUCACUUUGGUAUUGCCUUUUUUUCCAACUGGUUCUUUUGAGCGUAUGGAAGAAGAAGGGGAUGUAGCUACUGCUUUUACCCUUGCCAGGAUGUUGACAAAUAUUCCAAUUUCAAGAGGAGGCCCAACUAGUUUGGUCGUAUACGAUAUACAUGCUUUGCAGGAAAGGUUUUACUUUGGGGACCAUGUUUUGCCUUUGUUUGAGACAGGCAUUCCUCUCUUAAAGCAACGCCUGCACAAGCUUCCUGAUUCCGACAAGAUAGUUGUUGCCUUUCCCGAUGAUGGUGCUUGGAAAAGAUUUCACAAGCAGUUGGAUCAUUUUCCCACGGUGGUAUGCAAUAAGGUUCAUGAAGGGGAUAAGAGGAUAGUUCGGAUCAAGGAGGGUAAUCCCGCUGGUUACCAUGUCGUGAUUGUUGAUGAUUUGGUCCAAUCAGGAGGGACACUUAUUGAGUGCCGGAAAGUAUUGGUGGCUCAUGGUGCGGCCAAGGUUAGUGCCUACGUGACUCACGGCGUCUUCCCUAAGCGUUCAUGGGAGCAGUUCACACACAAAGAUGGCUUGGAGAAGGCAUUUACCUACUUCUGGAUCACAGAUUCUUGUCCGCUUACAGUCAAAGCCAUCGCAAACAGAGCUCCUUUCGAAGUUUUAAGCCUUGCAGGAUCCAUUUCCGAAGCUCUACAAACUUGAAAAUGUCUUUGCAAGACUUCAGGAAAAUAGUGGGAAAAUCCUGCACAAUGCAUGAUUUCUUGAGAACAAAAGACGUUGUGUAUGGCCGCUUCUGUAGUUGAAGCCUAUUUAUUAACAAUUUCUUUCACUAAUUUUAGCCAUAAUUAACACUGGUUUGCUCCUUGGAAUUGCUCUCAUUGUAAAUGCCUAAAUAAAUUCUCUUUUAA